UGACGAUAUUUGGUCUAUAUCAUUGGCAUUCGUGCAUUGGAAUAAUAAGCUCCGUGGACCAUUGGAAAAUGCGCUCAUUAGAGAACGCAAACUCUGCAGCACAAAUUGUUAUGUCUUGUGUUAUUAAACUUGGUGAUAUUCUGUAACGAGUGUUGUGUUAUAUAAUUUAAUUUUGUUAAUAGUAAGUGCUUGAUCCAGAACGAACAUACACGUGUAACACAUGGCAAAAGCGGUAUUUGUGAUAAUUGUUUAUUUAGCGUGUGUUAUUCAUUGGUGUUCGGGACAUACGCUGGAAGCAUGCGUAAUUUACGUGAACACAGAGGGCGACUCCGAGCAAGUUGUGAUGGACAUCGUAAACACAACAGCAAAUUUAUCAGCAAGCGCUGCCUUCAACCCUCUCACUCGAGAACCAUGCGCAAAGGCGUCUAGGAUUCAUCUCACCAUACUCCCGGCUGAUAUUGUUGGCCUUACCGAAACUCCGAGCCGGCUGUCGAUCGUCUAUGACGUCUCUAUGUUCCGGAACGGUACCUGGCUGAGGUCAUAUAUCCGGUCUUUGGACAUAUCAGCCUUUCGCAACUUCCGGCAAAUCAAUUGCUGGCUUGGGAUUCCAGUUUCAGACCACAUGCUCAUUCACGUGGCUAUCAAGGUCACUGGGCAAGACGAGCGAGAACUAAAAUUUCUAGAUGCCGAUCUUAGAAUACCGUCGUCAGACGCAAACACAUGCCAGGGGCUAUGUCAGGAUAGCGACAUAGACUUCAAGACCAUCUACACGUGCCUAUCCAAUGCGACCUUGAUCCACUUGGCGCAUGUUCGCAUCCUCCGCGUGACCUUCACUCCGUCAAAUGGCAAUGCCAGUAGUCUGGUCAUCUAUACGCAUAGUGAGCGGAAUACCACGAUGUACUUUCCGAAUAUCUAUGACGGUGCCGGUAUAAUGGAGAUAACGUACAAGUAUUCAGAGUUUUACUGCAGCGUUCACAAAGUAGUCCGAUUGUUCUGUGAUCCGGCCUUGACAACCGAAUCUCAAUCGCAAGUUAAGGGUGCGCAUUAUCCAAUCACAUCCUGCACUAUUUGA